UGCACAUCUGAGUGCCCUGCACCAACAACGGGGCUCACAAGCUGUGGGAGCCCGCAAGAAGAGCGGCAAAUUGAGUACAAAUUCUCCAUACUGACUGUCUGACGAAUCUUUUCCAUUGACAACUCCCUCUUCCAAUUUAAUGUUCCCUGAACCUCUCUGUUCACUCAAAGGUUGAACCUCUUGGCGCAAGUUGUGGAACAGAACCCCAGAAACCCUGGCCGCCGUUCAGUAUGACUGGAACAACAAACAGCCCACCGGCAUCUGGCUCCCCUGGUCGCGCGAAAAAUGGCUCCCCCGGCAGGUCAAAGACUGCUUCGCCUUUGAGGUCUAAAACCGCGUCCCCUACAGUACCUGGCUCGCCACGAAGUGAACACGAGGAUGCAACAGGUCAAAUUGAGGUUGACGAUGAGGGCCUUGGAUCUGACGGCGCGUCUACUAUUGAUGAUCGGUGGUCCUCGUAUACGGCAUCAAUAACUUCAAGCGUGGUUGACUACCCUACAGAGCAUGGUCGUCGCUAUCAUGCUUUCAGAUCUGGAUCAUACUGGGGUCCUAAUGAUGAGACAGAGGCCGACCGCCUGGACUUCUUGCAUAUGAUGAUGGUCAAAGCUACCGGAGAGAAGCUUUUUCUGGCCCCGAUUGAGGAAGAUAAGAUCCACAGGAUUCUUGACAUCGGCACUGGAACUGGAAUCUGGGCAAUGCUUAUGGGUGAGGAGUUUCCCAAAGCCGAAGUGGUGGGAAAUGAUCUCAGCGCUAUUCAGCCAACUUGGGUUCCGCCAAAUGUGAAGUUCGAGAUCGAUGAUGUUGAGAGUCCCUGGGUCAACUCUAGGAAGUAUGACUUCAUAUUUUGCAGAGAUAUGGCUGCGUCACUUGCAGACUGGCCGAAGUUGAUGGAGAGGAUAUAUGAGAACGUGAACCCUGGCGGCUGGGUUGAAUUCCAGGACUUCAACUUGCGAUACACUUCAGAUGAUGGUAGUUACACUGAAGAGCACCAGACUAGCAAGUGGUCGGAGUUGUUCUUUGAUGCGUGCAAGCGCGUCAACCGCGAAGCUAACCCGGGGCCUCAGUUGGAGGACUGGGUUAGAGAGACCGGCGACUACGUCAACAUCACCCACCAGAAGUUCAAGAUUCCUGUUGGGGACUGGCCGAAAGACCCCUACUACAAGGAGCUAGGCAUGAUCAACCUGAUGCAAAUCUUGGAUGGGCUGGAAGCCUUCACCUUGAGACUAUUUACCGGUGUACUUGGAUGGACCAAGGAGGAGGUUAUCGUACUUCUCGCAGACGUCCGUCGCGAGCUGAAGUCUAGAACCUUCCAUCCCUACAUGGAGUACUUCGUUGUCUAUGCGCAAAAACCGGAGGCGGAGGCAUGAGUAUCCUUGCUCAAGACGGCUUUUGAUGGAAUUUCAGACGUUAAGCUACAUGGGUGACCUAGCUGAACAACGGGAUUGUUUAGACUCUGUCUAGAAAUGCAUAUACGCCAUUUGGCUUCAGGCCUCUCGCCUUGCCCGUGAUGUUGUAGUCUCUGUCAG